CGUUGUUAAUGUUUAAUAAGGGCAGGUAGAUGUGGCCUUUUUAGGUCUGUGUUCAAUGACACUACAACAGUUUGCUGUCAGCUGCUCUGUGGGUGGGACGUGCUGGUUUCAGUGUGUUCAGAAUUGUACAGAAGCUGCUGGUAUGCUCAGUCACACCUUCUUCAAUUCCUCAGAGCCCAGGUAAGAAAACUUUCCUUAGACAUACUUAUCUAUAUAACAACGUAACCAAGAAACUUUAUAACUUAAAGAAUGGAAAUCUAUUUGUACAGAAAACAGAAUCACUGUGUAGAAAGGUCUGUUAAAAUGUACUAGUUUGCAAAUAUGAUAUUGAAGUUGGAUAUAAGAUCAGCUGGAGAGGUAGCUGUUGGCUGCCCGUGACCUAUAUAUUAGGAUAGACACAUUUAUGAAAUGUAUAGAUAGAAUGUAAUACUUUCUUUAGAUUUUAGUGUACACCCCCCGUGGUGUUGGCAUAGAAGAAUAAACUAUAUGUAUACUGACUGCAGUUAGUCCACAGACUUAGCACUGUGGGAUGCUGGAUGCAUCUUUUAGAGAGGGGAGAUGUGUCCAAAUGGUAAAAUUAAGGCGAUCUAAAAAAAGUCUCCAAUUUAGCUAUAGUCAUAUCUUGGGAAUUUUAGCCCGAGUGUUGCCAUUCGGUUUUCAAUUUGAUACAAUUUUUGCGAAUAAACCCACAUAUUUAUCCCUGGGUUGGUGAUUUUGCUACAUACAGAUUACAUUUUAAAUAACUUCAAUACUGAUCUAUAGCAAAUAAUCCUUUUAUGCAUCAGCUUUAUAACAUAGAUCCUACCGUGGUGGUAGCGCAUCUAUUUUAAAAUUACAAUGAAUAAUAGGAGGGUACCAGAAAUGUUUUCUCUGGUAAAGAAGAGUACUGUUUACCUUAUGCCUCGAGUUUAAUAGACUACCAGGACCCCUUUUCUUUAAUACUGAAUAGUACUGAGGAUUUUAUUUUACCAUGAGCACUUGGUAAAUAAAAAUAAAUAACAUAAGGUCAAUGCCUAAAAUGACCCCCCUGGGUCUAUGCAAGAAGUAACAACUACAAAUGAUUAGUAUUGGAAUAUCUACAAUAAAUAAAUCCGAUAUGACAUUACCAUUCACAGAAAGUGCUUUGUAUAAACCACAUACUGGCAUCUCCGAUGAUCUGUUUAAUUGCAAUUAAAAAGUUACUAAAGAUAUCCAUUUGAUUUGAAUACCGCUGGCGGUGCACCGUCCAGGAUAUAAAGAGUUAAACUGCCCAGCACGAGUUUCUGUAUGUCACUGAUCAUGUUAACUACACAAGGACAGAACACAUACGUUCCAUAAGGAUUGCGCUAAACGAAUACAGCAUGCAGCCAUGCAAAGCACAACUUGUAUAGACAACUUGCUUUACACAAAUAAUAAAAGGCAAAUAAAUAGCAAUAGUUUUUUUAUUUUAUGCCUCAUCAUAACAUGGCAUGUGAUUCAUUUAUUUAUGCUUCACUUCCUUUUAUCAUAACAGCUCUUGGACGUGGCACAAUGUCAAGUGCGCACUAUGCUGUAAUUCCAGUUUAUAUGGCAUUAUGAGUAACGGACUACAAAGCACAUAUUAAACUGCUUCCUGGAGAAGGAAUAAUUGGUUUAGCCACAGAACAGACUUUAUAAAUUUAAUUGACUCAGUUUGUGAAGGUGCAUUGCAGAUAUCAAAAUAUUACCAUAGUAUUUAAGUUAAAACGGUUGCUCCAACCACCAUGACCAUUAUGGUUGUUGGAGUCUGGAUGUGCAAUGUUUCUGCUUGAAACACAGCACAAACAGAGAUAUUCUUAAAGUGACAUUAUAGGCAACCAGACCACUUCAGCUCAUUAUCCCUUAACCCUGAAUAGGUGAUUAUUGCCGUUUUAAAAAAAGGGUCAACUCCACCUAGAUGGACUUCCAGGCAGUUGGGCUACUCUCGGAUGCCUAACUGACGCUGGACGUCCUAACGCUAUUAAUGGGGACAUCCAGCAUCAACCAAAACCCCAUAGAAAAGCAGUGAAUAACAUUGGCGGGGGAGAAGAGGGGAUAGACCCGAGCCAGCGCUAAGGGACAUCGCUCUGGACCCAGGUAAGUGACAGAAGGGGGGGGGGGGAGCCUUGAUUGUAGGGUAAGCUACAGUGCAAGGAAAAGGAGUUUGUUUUUCUGGUCCUAUAGUUUCCCUUUAAUUGUGUGCCAGAAACCCCCAGCACAUGUGACUUAGGAAAUCUGUUCCAGGUUGCCUUAUAUCUAUUCCGUGCAUAGUUUAACAUCCGUUGGCAGCGUGCAGUGCUGCCUGUAAGAGAGAAACUCUUCAAUUCCCUCUUACUUCCCCAUCCCCCGUGCUAUUUUUUUUUUUUUUUUAUCCCUGCCUCCUUCUCUUUCCUUCUCCCCUUGUAGGCUUCAGGCACGUACAUGCUCUCUGAGCCCAUAAAAUCCUCCAAUCUAAGGCUUCUCUAUGAGAAUCCUUUUAAUUGGACGCCGGUGCCACUCCCAUGAUAUCAAACACGGGUGCGCCGAGCAGAGCCAGGAGCUUUGCCUUGCGCUGGAUUGAGGUUAGUAAAAACGUAAUUCAAAAUGCUUGAGUAUUUUGUUUGGGGGGCCUACAGAAUAAUGCCAAUAGGGAAUUAUUCUGAUAAAAUAAAAAAAGUGUUGGAGAAACCCUUUCUAAAUUAGAGGAGCACGCUAACUUUAAAGGAGCACUAUAGGGUCAGGAACACAAAAAUGUUUUCCUGACCCUAUAUUGUUAAAACCACUAACUAGCCCCCUUGGCCCCCUUUGCCUCCUUAAAGAUAGUAAAAAUCUUACUUGUAUUCAAGUCUGAAGCUGCUGCCUCUGCCUGUGAACUUCCUCUGACAUCAUCAGAAGUGGUGGCCUAAUCCAAUCACAAUGCUUCUCCAUAGGAUUGGCUGAGACUGACAAGGAGGCAGAUCAGGGGCAGAGCCAGCACAAUUCAAACACAGCCUUGGCCAAUCAGCAUCUCCUCAUAGAGAUGAAUUGAAUCAAUGAAUCUCUAAUAGGAAUGUUCAGUGUCUGCAUUCAGAGGGAGGAGAUACUGAAUGUUUGGAUGCAUUUUAGGCAGCCAUGAACCAGGAAGGAUCUCUAACAGCCAUCUGAGGAGUGACCAGUGAAGUUAUCACUAGGAUGUAAUGUAAAUACUGUUUUUUUUCUCUGAAAAGACAGUGUUUACAGCAAAAAGCCUGAAGGUAAUUAUUCUACUCAACAGAACAAAUUCAAUAAGCUGUAGUUGUUCUGGUGACUAUAGUGUCCCUUUAAAUAAAAAUGAUCUAUAUUGGCUACUUGGAUCAAAAAGUGGUGGCAGCAGCUGCUGGUUGUAAUUUUAUUAUUUAUUUAUUCGUUAUUUAAUCCUAAAAUCCUUGCAACCUCUUCCCAGUGCCAACCUAAGUCCAUGCCUGUAGAAAUACAUCCCUGCUUGUACAAUGCAUCUGUCUCGCUGCAGUGUGCGGUGUGAAAAACCAUUCAUAACAAGAGAAUAACUGCUCUCACAAAUGGUGUAUUCAUUUAACUACUGAUAAAACUGUUGCACAAUCUAAACAGAAGUCUGUAAUGUUUAUAAACCGUUCAGUCACGUCCCACAUGCUUUAUCUAAAGGUAGGGCACUGUGUUUCUUUUAAUUUUUGUGCCGCAGUAUUCCAAGACCUUUGAACCACUAAGACCCAACUUCUGAUUAUAUUAGUGACGUUAUAUUAGCCUCUGUCACAGUGAAUAAAUCAUUACAAGAGUUUGCCAUGUGGAAAAAUAUUAGUUAUUUUCCAUUAUAACAGCACAAUCUUCAUAACUUUAUUUUAAAGGGACUUUCCAAGCACCAUAACAACCUAUGUCCAUUACAUAGGCUGUGUUGCCAGACGAUCCUCUGCCCCGGUCACCCUGCACUAAUUUGUAUAUAACUGCAGUGACUUGGAAAAAUCAUUGCACCUAUAACCCGUCGCCCCACAGAUUUCACAGGAGGAAGUUAUCUACUGCUCUACCCAUUUAAUACCUAUCUCCCUGAUAGGCUCCUUCACAGUUUACACCGAAAUUAAAGGGUUACUUAAAGUACUAUGACCACUUGAGUGAUUUGAAGUGGUCAUGGUGCCUGGAGUCUGUAUAUGCAACGUUUUUCGAAACGCAGUAUAUGCAGAGUUUAACAUCUCAGCUGCUGGAGGUGUAACUCCGCUCUGACAGCAUCAUUAGCCAGUUAAGAACUAAGUUCCAGGCUAGCUAAUGUUAAUUCUGUGCAAAAUUGGCAUAACACCAGCAUUGAUAGCAUUCUUGCACCAGACAGCCAAUGGUGGCAUAGCUCCUCUUUUGUUAAAACACUGGUUUUAGGCUGGAAUAACCUUUUAAAGGACCAGUCACUUCCUUGUCUGGUCUGUGCUCACUGCAGAUGCUGUAAAGAAUAUAUAUUUACAGUUUAUGCAGAAACUACAGGUUUUUUUGCAUUUGUUCUGGUGAGUAGAUUCAUACCCUUUAGGCUUUUUGCUGUAAACACUGUCUUUUCAGAGAAAAUGCAGUGUUUACAUUACACUAGUGAUAACUUCACUGGCCACUCCUCAGAUGGCUGUUAGAGAUCCUUCUUGGGCCAUGGCUGCCUAAAAUGAAUGCUAGAGGUGCUACCUAUCUCAGUGCUGCAGAGUAAGCAGCACUGCCAUUCAGUGACUCCACCCUCUGCAUGCAGACACUGAACAUUCCUCAUAGAGAUGCAUUGAUUCAAUUCAACUCUACAAGGUGUUGCUGAUUGGCCAUGGGUGUGUUUGACUUGUGCUGGAUCUGCCCCGAUCUGCCUCCUUGACAGUCUCAGCCAAUCCUAUGGGUAAGCAUUGUGAUUGGCUCAGACCACCACUUCUGCUGAUGUCAGCAGACAGGAGCCGGACAGAGGCAGACAGGGGCAGAGCCAGCAGCUACAGACUUGAAUACAAGUAAGAUUUUACUAUAUUUAGGGAGGCAAGAUGGUGCCAGGGGGGCUAGAUGGUGAUUUUAACACUAUGGGGGUCAGGAAUACAUGUUUUUGUUCCUGACCCUACAGUACUCCUUUAAAAGUAAAUACCUUUUGAUUUUUAGAUUCUGUUUUUUUACUGUUCAAUUACCAUGUAUUCUCUCCUUUUAGCCCUCUUCUCAAUUUUUAUUUCCCCUCCAAUUCUUCUCUUUACUUCUCAUAUACAUAGUUCUUUACUUGUUAACCCUCCUUUCUUUCUUUUGCAUCCUUUACCUCCCCCCUGCAUCCCCCAUCCCCAUCUGGAUCUUUCCUGUCCUCUCUGAAGACCCAACAGCAAUGGAAGAUGGUAUCUCCAAGAUCAGGCAACAUAACUUUUGCCAUUUUAUCAUGGGAAUUGUCCCUUUCUGUUUUUACUCUACGUUCAUUAAAGGGAAAUGAUCUUCCUAACCCUCCUCUCCCCUUAAACCUUUUCUACGGUUUUGUCUCUUUCCCUAGACCUCUCUUGUAGCUACUUGGUCAGCAUAUUAUUUUAUACUUUUUAUUCUCUAACAUUGGUUUCUAACAAUGGAUCUGCAAACUAUGUAAAAUCUGAUUGUUUCCUUGGAUACUUUGUUUUGGAUUUAUAUCCACCUGCUAUCAGGUGCGUUAUCUCCAUGCCUUCCUGAAUAAGUGUCUUACAUUGUUGUCUUCCUAUUUCAUACAACUCCUGAAAAUGUAAAUAAAGAAAAAAAAAUCAUGAGCCACCUCCAACAUUAAGAAACGAUUUUUACUGAAAUCUGAGUACUCAAAACGCAACUUUGAUUUGGCAGAUAUUUGAAAAAUAAAAAGUGUUACCCUUAAGCAAUGAACCCAUGAAGGUAUCUUCUGUAAAAGUAUCAUGACAAUGUGGACCAUACCAACUCACACUUGGUAGACAACUAGAGCCUAACAGAGACAGGUAAAUGUCAAACUGUUCUUAAAUGGUUCGACAGCUUACUGGCAGGCCGUAGUCAUUAUGAUGCUUAGAGUAUCCCUUUAACAGUUAAUUGAAAAAUUAAUUUAGGCUAAAAUAGUUGAAAAUAACGAUAAUUUUACAAUUAAGUCACUUAUACUUCUGGUAUUGCCCAGGUCGAAAUAAGUUUUGAAUUCACUUAGAAUUCCUUGCUAUUUUCCCUUUAUUGAAUCACCCUGCGAGUGUUAGUGAGACUUAACGAACAUGGGAAUCGGCGCGAAAAAUAAAUCAAUUUACAUGAAAGUGAAAAUUAAUCAAAAUGUCAUCAAAUAUAAACCAGUUUAAUCAGCAGUGGGAAAUUAUAGAUAUCAGUAGUGUUUUAUGGUAAAAAAAAAGAAAAAUAAUAGUAUAUAAAAUAUCAAUAACAGAAAUGCAACAGAUUAUAAAUGCUUUUAAACCCAUUUGAUGGAUUCUACUGGAAACAGCAUGCCUACCAAAACAGCAUGCCUUAAUUGAGAGAUACUUUUCAUAAUAUAUUUUGUUAUUAAAUAUAUAUAUAUUUUUAAAGGUAUUAAUUGACUUUUUAUUAUGUAUUUGGAAAUGCACAGAUGAAUAAACUUCUGAGAAAUUGCAGGAUUUUCAUUAUGAGUUACUGUAGAUGCACAUAGAUUGCAACACAGCUUUCCUGAAUCCCAUCUAUUAGUGAUUUAUGUAUUGUGUAACUCAACCAUUACUGGGAAAAGAAAAAAAAGGAAAACUAUUCUGAAUUGUGUAUUUAAAAUUUUUUGCAAUUUUUUUGCUAUUGCUAGGAGUAUAUAUUUAUAUAUACUAAAAUGAUUAUUAACUGCAAUAGUGAUGCUUAUUUUAAUCAAAUAUAACAUUUAUAUAUUCUCCAUAGAUGCUCCUAUGUAAACAAAUCAGAGAUGAGCUCCCAAAGAAGAGAGAAUGAAACGUUACAAUCUAAAAAUCACAAAGUAAGUUUCCAGCAAGAAUGAAAAUUAUAGUCAAUAUAUUAAUACCAUACCUCCCAAGGGUAAUUAUAUAGGAGGGACAGUCCCAAUUUUGUGCCAAAAUCACUCUGUCCCUCUUUUCUAGAAGUUUUAUAUUGUUGGUGUGUCUGAGUGUAUCACAGAGCUCCGCAGCAAUAAUACUCACAUUAAUGGGUCUUAAAACUACAAUAACUGUUUUACAAAUUAGUCUGUAUAAAUAAGAUACAUUGUUAUUGUUUUAAAUUACAUUUUAGUUGCAUAAAUUGUUAUUAGAAUAAACUUCUCAGAACAGCCCUGCCUAUGGACGCCCCUCCCUCACCCAACCCCGUCCCCUCCCCCUGCCCCCACUCAUACCCCCGAAAGGAAAGUGUCACUAUUUGCCCAUUUAGAAUGUUUAAGGGGUGUAAUACAAACUAAACAAUGUAAGAAUAUGCUUUUAACCCUACAUGAAGCAUUAUGUGAAAGUACUGUCAUGAUAUUUCCUCCAUUUUGUCAUGAUAUUUCCUCCAUUUUGUCAUGAUAUUUCCUCCAUUUUGUCAUGAUAUUUCCUCCAUUUUUAUGAAAGGGUUAAUGUCUUUAUAUAAACAAAGCCAUUUUAACUCCAUUCACGUUUUUCAAUAGAGAAACAGGAACAAUUAUUGUAUAAAAUUAUUUUAUUUGAUGGUCAACUACAUUUCAUAUAAUGUUAUGCCAGUCUUAAGGCUGACUGCUGAGCAUCAUGGGAAAUAGAGUACACAAAAAUAUCUGAUGUUUACUGAUUUAAAGAGGCUAGACAAGUUGUAAGUGCAGUAUAAUAAGAGGUCAAAGAAACACAUGUAUUUCUAACCUUAUAGCGUUAAACACAAUAUUUAGGUGGAAGACCACCUCUUGACUCCCUUAAAUAAGUAUAAAACUUACCUUUAUUCCAGCUCCACCCCUGCCCCGUCUCCUUGGUUGUCACUCACAGGAUGCAAAGUAGUUUGAUUGGAUUUUCAGUCCACAUGAGUUUUCCAUAAAUAUUUGAUCUAAUGCUUUACUAGACCACUCCGGCCUGGAACAUUAAAAGUCCUACUUUUUUCCAGCUUGUAUGUUUUGGCAUAAAAUGUCCUACAACGUUUAGUGAAUAAACCCUAUUUUGAUAUUCACUUUUCAAGUUAAUACAUAGGUUUAUUGUGAAUAGUGGUGACUUGUUUACCGAAUAAACCCUGUGUAGAGAGUAUAUUGAUUAAUGGUGGUGGGAGAUCAUUGAUAUUUUCCAUCUGUGAUCGUAGGAUGCCUUCAAAUCCCGUCAACCGCACUUUCACACGGACUUAAACUGUCCAGUCUGCUUACAAACCGCCACCUUACCUGUAGAGACCAACUGUGGGCAUUUAUUUUGUGGUAAGUGACCUCAAUAAAGUACCAUAAACUGUCUUGUUGAAAAAUGUUGAAAUAGGAACUAUUCGAAAUUAUUAAUGAUGAACAUUUUUUAAUUAAGACUGAAUGAAUUACCCAGAUAAGGUUAUCAGACUGGACUCAUAUUUCACGGUGGCUAGCGGGGUGUCCGUUCCUUGGUGGACCUUACUGAUGAGCCCCAAAUAAAGAUAAAACAAUGGUCUGGGAUAGUUAUAUCUUUCGAGCUGAGUGGACUUGCUGUCUGUUUUUCUACUGGACUGUCCUUGGGACAGUGUUAUAGGCCAAUGGUAUAGUUAAAGGGACACUAUAGUCACCCAGACCACUUCAGCUCAAUGAAGUUGUCUGGGUGCCAGGUCCCUCAGGUUUUAACCCUCCAGAUGCAAACAUAGCAGUUUCAGAGAAACUGCUAAGUUUACAUUUGAGGUUAAGCCAGCCUCUAGUGGCUGUCUUCCGGACAGCCACUAGAGGCGCAUCUGUGACGCUGGAGGCAUAUUAUGCCUCCAUUGUGCAGAGCGUCCAUAGGAAAGCAUUGAAAAAUGCUUUCCUAUUGACAGCUUGAAUGCGCUCAGCCAUUCGGCUCCGCUGACGUCGGCAGAGGGAGCUGACGUCGGCGGGGGAGGAAAGGUCACCAGCGCCUAGGGAACCUGGCGCUGGAAUAAGGUAAGCUGCUGAAGGUGGUUUAACCCCUUCAGGGCUACGGGAGGGGGACCCUGAGGGUGGGGGCACCCUCAGGGCACUAUAGUGUCAGAAAAACCACUAUGUUUUCCUGACACUAUAGUGAUCCUUUAAACGCUGUAAAGAUGCAAGUGAGAUCCCAUUUGUUUGAGAUCGGAGUGGAAGCUAACCAUAUUUGUUAAACGUUUUUGUCUGUUAACAGAGUUGUUUUACAAUGUAUUUUGAAUUACAGCCAAUCUCACAUUAGUACAAGAGACAGACUGUCAGCUUUCAUUCUGAGGUUUUAAUCAAGGAUUUACCAUAGCUGCACAAAAUCUCAAAGAGGAAAUAAAAAUAAAAAAAAGAAUCCAGUUUUACGUAAGAACUUGUCUUGAGACCUAACUGCAAAUCAUAUGGGAGAAACCUUUGGCCACAUAUGGAACUGCAUGUGUGUGUUGUGUAAUAUGUGUGUGUGAAAAAGCCAAUCACAGCAUUACACCGACACACACCCCUCCUUGACAAUGCUUUUAUUUACAAUCGUGACUUGCACAUUGCGAGGAUUGCUAGUUAAAUAAACAUACACUUCUACACCAUUGGCACAAGUCAGAUUAUAUAAACAUUAUACUGAUGUUUUAUUAGCGUAGCUAAGAAAAGGUUUUAAAGUCACCUCCUAUAUAAUAAUAAAUCCCGUAUAUAAUGGUUGAAAAAAUAAUAAUAAAAAAUAAAUGAGGGUCCUGUUUAAGAUUGGCUGCGACUCUUUACCUUGACGUUAUGUGGUUUAUUUUGCUUAUUUUAAGUUAUUUAAGCUUCAGUUGCAUUAGUGGUAGAUUUAAUGCUUUAGAUUCCUUGUACUGUUCUGCUCUCUGCAAUUCUCAUGACUUUCAUAAAAGUCUACAUUUGCACUUUCAAUACUGUUGAUCUUUUUUCAUUAUAUUGCUCUGAUCCCUAACCAUUAGUAUUAUAAAAACUCUGCUGUAUCUACAUUAGGCCUGUAGUCUUCUUAAAGGAACAAUCUAUGCACCAUAACUACUACAGCUCAUUGUAGAAGUUAUGGUGUCAGGAGUGCCUCGGCGCAACCCCAUUGUAAGUAGUCAAAUUGUUUUUUUUAAGUAAUUGACUUCUUAUCUGGAAUCCGUCAGGAAAUGCUCCCUGCCUCUACCACUACCACCGAAGAGCAAAGAGCUCCUAAGUAAGAACUUUCUUUAGUUUGCCUGUGAUAAACUCUGCAGUACAGGGCUUAGCUCAUUGGCUGAGAGUGAUAAGCUGACUAGAUAAGAAAGGUUCCACUGCUCUCCUCUACUACAUAAGAAUGAUUCCACUACUCUCCUGAACUAGAUAAGAAAGGUUCCAUUACUCCCCUGUACUAAAUAAGAAAGGUUCCACUACUCUCCUGUACUAUAUAAGAAAGGUUCCACCGCUCUCCUGUACCAGAUAAGAAAGGUUUCACUACUCCCCUGUACUAGAUAAGAAAGGUUCCACCACUCUCCUGUACUAGAUAAGAAAGGUCACACUACUCUACUAGAUAGGAAAGGUUCCACCACUCUCCUGUACUAGAUAAGAAAGGUCACACUACUCUACUAGAUAAGAAAGGUUCCACCACUCUCCUGUACUAGAUAAGAAAGGUUCCACCACUCUCCUGUAAUAGAUAGGAAAGGUUCCACUAUGCCUGGCUAGUUACAUUUUAUACUUAUCUCAAUAAAAAGGCAAAAGAAUACAUACUUUUGUACCACCCUUUCUUGGCACUGUGACCACAGAGCAUUUACUAACAGAUGGACAGGUCACCACAUCCUGCUUUAAGCAGAAGCCUCGUCAACCCAUGCGUCCAUGUUGUGUUCCAAAUAUACAAUGUAAUGCAUAUACAAGCAUAAUGAAAUUCCUCACAUUUUAGAUGUAGGAGGUGAAAAGCUAUUUCAUUAUCUGUGGAAACUAAGUUUGCAGUUAUCAUAACAAUCUUGCUGCGGAUUAUCUUGUUUAUUUUGAUUUCAUCACCUGAAACCCAUGGUGCAAUGGCAAAGUGCCCAGCAAAGCCUGAUCGUUCUACCUGACUUGUCAGCUAUUUUUAAACACAGCUCACAUUUUUUUGGACAAGGCUUCGCUGGCAGUAAUACCAGCUUGGUAAUGUUUCAGAUCCAAAUACAGGACAGCGCCACCUACUGCUCUUGUCACAGAAAAGCAGUGUGCUGGAGACUAUCCAGAAUUUCUAUACAAUGUUAUUGUUAUUUAUAAAUCGCCAACAAAUUCUUCAGCGCUGUACAAUGGGUGGACUAACACACACGCACUUGUAAACAGACGAGUUAGACGCACAAAAACAAUACAAUGUUAGAAUGUUAGAAACCCCCUAAAUUUUUUUUGCCUUAUUACUAGAACAAUAGAUGUCAAUUCACACAUGUAGAAAAAAAAAAGACAGUUCAUUAUGAUCUAUUCAUUAUUUUAAUAAAAAGACAAAUGACACCAUAACUAUGAAGUUGUGCCUUUUAUGGUCUUUCAGGACUCCUCCAGCCAAUAGAUAAUGUAGAUAUAUCUAUUAGCUUAUUCCACACUGUCUAGGUUAUCGUUGGAGUACACACAUUUACAGUAAUUGUUCGUACAAAGUUCAGGACAAAAUGUUUUAAUUGGUUAAUACCUUAUUGUGUCUGAGACAGCUUUCAGACCCAGCUGGGAUUCCAUCCUCAGGAAAAGCCUGGCUGUUAGUUCCCUAAUUAAAAUAAACAAGAAUAUGUUGUUGAUGACAAGAGGUGACGACCGAAUGUCAUUGUAUACCUUGAAAAUGAACAUAAAAUGUGUGCAGGAAAUGUCCCAACCAAUUUGUUCUAAUUCCAGCACAGCUGGUUUGCCCUUUUCAUUUUUUUUAUUGAUCAGGAACCAUAUGUUCAGGAAACAUACAGGAAAUCCACUCAACAGAUAUAUGUGCGUUCGGUCAUAUUGAAUUAUUUGCAUCCUUCUCGGAGUCUGUAAAGUCACUAUUAAAAAAAAAAAACAACAAAAAACACCCCCAGUCACAAAUUCAGCCAGUAUCUUGCAGGGAGCUUUAUAUGUAUUGUUUUCUUGAAUAUUUAUUUGUAAAGACAGGAUUAUUCAGAUUCGAAACAUGCAUUCUGGCAAUAUUUCAAAAUAAUUCUCAUCAGUGCAUAAAUGAUCUCCCUGACAAUAGCUGGUUGGUCAUAGCACCAGCUUGUUUAAUAUGAAUGGCUGAUCACUUUUUGUGAUGGGCUAUGAAUGGGUUAAUGUUGUGAAGGCGAUCUGGGCCAGCUCCCUUCUCAACCUUCCUAUGCAUGCAGAUCAGUAUAAUUAAUUUAGUAAAUAAAUACGGUGUGGCAUUGCACUUUUAUGACGAAAUCUGUGGAUCUCUGAGCUGAACCCCCAACAAAUAUGUGUAGCAAAUAAUGUAUAGUGGGCUCCUGGGUCCUGAUUAUUUGUCUGUUACAAUUUUUAAAGGUUCACUUAUGUAGUAUAAGAACCCCAGGACCAAAUCAUUAUUUAAAUACACAAGUAUUUACAAGUAAUCUAUUUUGUGAACUGUCUGGGUCUCUACAACUCCAGGUGUCUUAAUCUAGUAACCGUGAGAUUAGCAGAAUAAUUGCUUGUUUAAAAUCUGAAAAUACUAAGUAAAGUUAAUUGUUCAAGUAAACAUGUUGUAUAUUUCGCUGUUGUAGGAUCCUGUCUUAUGGAGUAUUGGAAACACGAUCCCUGGUUAGGAGCCAUAAAUUGUCCUCUCUGCAGACAAAAGGUAAAACCUUUUCACAAUGGGUUGGAAAAGGGGGUCUAUUAUAAUAUAAUAUUGUGGUUUACUAUUGGCCAAGGUUUGCAUUCCUUGGCAGGUGGGCCUUAUGGAAAAAAAACUUCAACUUGGCUGUUAUUUCCCAAAUACACUAACAGGAAAUAAACACAGCCAAUCGGAUACACUUGGAAGUAGAAUAAUGAACACUCAGCAUGUUGAUUAAAAAAAAAAUGAAAGUUAGAUUCAUAAUUAUGUGUAUUCUGUGAUCUUUUUUCUGCGUUUGCAUAAAACUGGUCAGCUUAUCAUAAUAUCCUACUGAGAUCAAUAUACAGAAUCAAUGAGAUCAAUUGAAAAACAGACCUACCAAGUUUGGAAAGUCUAAGAUCAGAAGAGGAAGGGAAGUGAAAACUGGACUAGUCUAGCAGGACAACAUACAAGCAACGCAAAUGCAUCCUUGGCAAUAUGCCUACUCAGAAAGUGUAAUCAGAGUGGGAAUGUUUGGCAGGCUGGCAGCCCUCUUGGCUGGUUGGGAUGAUUGUUUGAAAAUUGUGUACCACACGACUAUAUAAUCUCUUAUUCUUAAACUUUAAACUCUAAACUUCCAUUUCUAUAGUCAUUGAAGGGCUAAUCUUACCACAUAUGUUUUACUUACAGGUUGUUCUUCUCUACAAAGAAUUUAGUGAAAUACACCAAGAUGUGGAGUGCCGUAAUAUUGUUCAAGACAUUAGACUUUACAACAAUCGCUUCUCCGGGAAGCCAAGACCGGUAAGUGAAUACUUAUGAUUCUCUUAUUACUUUACAGCUGUGUAACAUUCUUCUAUUUCAGGGAUAGGCAACCUUCGGCACUCCUGAUGUUGUGGACUACACCCCCUAUAAUGCUCUUACACCCAUAAUGCUGGUAAAGCAUCAUGGGAGGUGUAGUCCAAAACAUCUGGAGUGCCGAAGGUUGCCUAUGUCUGUUCUAUUUUGUUUGCAACCUUGUUUUCUGGUAAAAUUAGGUUUGAGAACUUACAUAUAGCAAUGUUAUAAAUUUGAAACCCAAUUUGAAGAUCCAACAUUUGGAUAAAACCACGAGUUUUCUCAUCACUCUGACAUUGAAAAAGUUACAGUUGUAAACUUCUUUCUUAAACUGGGUAGGAUUCUACAAAGUUAAACUGGAUGUAGGAUCCAGGACACAUAUUUAGAAUGCAGGCUUAACCACAGAUGCGAACGUGCCUUCAGUACGUUCAUCGUGAACCAUACGGCAACCAUACCUUCUCAAAGAGUACACUUUACAAAGAUACGUAUAGGACAUCCAUCAGGUACCCACAUGAAAAUACAGCACUAUAUGACACCCACCUCAUUUUACUAUAUUUAGCACACCACACACUCAUCACCUGUCACUCACUUGCAUUCACAUGUACAUCAUUAAAAAUACUCAUUACUCUCCCAUAUGGUACACAUACCUGAGCAGCUUCCAUCAUUCACACACAUGACAACCAGACUGAUUAAUAAUACAUGUUCUGUAUCUUAUUUGGAAAUUUCACUAACAUCAUCUGUACCCAUAACAAACAUACUUCACUCUUCUUCUAAAUGAAUUGCACACUUACUACAAAACAUCAGUAUUUUAAAAUACUCCACCCAGUACUGUGGCAUAAAGAAGCAGUCUCUCCUAUAAUUAUCCAAUUUAUGAACAUCAAUAAUGGUUGGUUGUACUAGCACUAAUAAAGUGUGUGCUUGACAUUCUUUCAUAACAUUAGAUUAUUUCAUGUAUCCAGGCUGCAAUUCCUUGCCACUGUGGCAGUGCGGGGUUUGAUUAAAACAGUAUACACACAUGUGGCUGCUUUACUGUCACAUUACAUUCUAAUAUCACAAUAGUGUUUCAUCACAUGCCAUGGCAUGUUUUGUUUGCACUCUAAUUCAGUUGUGUUCUCACCACUUAUUUUACCGAUUACUAUUUACAUAUUGUAUUAUGUUUGCAACAGUUCUAUUCAAUGUAACUUGUUUAUUUACUCCAGAGAUAUGGAGUAGAAUACCCUGACUAUAAAAAUAUUUGUUUCUCUGUUGUAGUUGACAGACUAUCUUUACGACCUGCCUUCCUUACUACAGUUGGUUUUGAGAAGACUCUUCACAAUGGGUGGACUUGUGUGGAUAUUCUGUCUCAGAGUUGUUGUGUGCUUGUUUGGAGCAAUCAUGUGCUUGUCCUCACCUUUUGAUGUGAUCAGAGACCCUUUGUGUGGAAUCCUAAGCACCAUCGAUGACCUAGUUGUGGUGUUCAUUCUCUUAAUCUGCAUGAUAAAUAUUUUACAGCAACUUAGGUCCGAAGGACUAAACAUGGCCAGUUCUACCACGCAGAGCGUCUUAUCAGAAUCUUGAUCAGACUCAGAAUUGUGUCAUUAUUUAAACUUCCAUAAAUAACAACAACAUGGAUAUGUUGAAUUCAAUGGAUGGGCGGAAAUGAAACAGGUGUUGUUACAUUACACUGAUGGUGGGCUUUGCUGGAAGACUAGGUUGGAGGUUUUCAGGACAUUUUAUGUAGAUGGUAGUGAACAAAGCCACAGGAUAUACCACAGAUGUGUUCCAAUUACCAUGAACAAGGUAACAGUUUGGAUACCUCUGUUGUGUAUUAUUUACAAUGUCAUUAUUAACUGUAAAACUAUCUUAGCAAAUUUCUCAAAGCAUGAGAAUGAAUCAUAAACCUUACUUUCCUAUAAAAUAUAGGAUUAUAGUAAAAGGUUUAACAUAAUAAAUCAAUUGUAAAGUACAGUGGAAAAAUAAAUCCCACAGCCUUAACUGUGUUUUUUAAAGUAUGCUUUUAAAAACUUAGAUUGGGACCUACAUUGGGUCUCCAGGUCAUUUUUGGAUCUCAAGUGUUUGGAAGAGAGUGUCGGAACCUACACUAUUGCCUGUGUUCCCGGGUGCAAUGGAAAACAUUUGGAAUAGUCUAAUGAAGAUGUUUAAUAUACGUAAUCUAAGAACAUAUUAUAUUGUCAUUGAAGUAUUGGUCACGGAGUUAUAUUGUCAAUUCAAGAAUUGGUCACUAAGGUAGUGAAUGGUCAACCAAAAUGAAGACACACCUCCUUAGAGUAUGGUACAUUACUUACUAGGAAAUAAAAAAACAAAACAAAAAAACUAAGAACUAAAUAUAUGUUGUGUUAACAGUUUUGUUAUAAAAUCUAUCAGCACUAUAUAAUAUAGUUGAACAGCACGUUGGCGUUUACAUUUCGUAUGCUGAGAAAAUUUCCCAUCAUGCAUUCGAGCUCCACUUCUUGAUUGGCUCCUUACUUCGUGUAACUUUUGUUAUCUUUGUAUCAUGUUUAAUAAUUGAUCCAUAAAUUGGGAGUUGGAGGGUUUAGAUUUGUGUCUCGUCUAUGCCUUCGCACCUCUUUCGCAACAUACCUUCCAACUAUCAAUGUUUGCUAAAUUCGUGACCUUAUUCUGGGCAUACCGGUAUAAGUGAUUGUACAUCGUAGCCAAGUGGACAGUAACAUUCUGAGUGGUUACUGUUUCCUUUCUCCUCCAAAAAUACACAAAGCAGGAUGAAAUUCCAGUUUUAACUUGAAAUUUGAGUAAAAAUGUAAUUUGUAAAUAUAUAUAGUGCUUCCAGUAUUGAAUUUUCUCUUUGUACUUGAAUGUAUUAUACGUUACAAAUUGUAAAAUAUAUUUAUUUUGGAUAUUAAUUUUGCU